AUGCCUGCCGAGGCCGACACCAGAGAGAAACGAGAGGCCGAGAGGCGGAGGCUGGAGGAGCUCAGGAAAGAAGAGGAAGAGAAGGAGACUGGACCCUACCAAAAACUGGAGAAGAUUGGAGAAGGCACAUACGGUGUCGUUUAUAAAGCAACACACAGAACUACAGGAAGGGUGGUGGCAAUGAAGAAGAUUCGUCUUGAGAAUGAGGAUGAAGGUGUACCCAGUACCGCAAUAAGAGAGAUCUCGCUACUGAAGGAGCUCAAACACAAUCAUGUCGUCCAGCUGCUUGAUGUUGUUCAUGAGGAGAGCAAGUUGUUCUUGGUAUUUGAGUAUCUGGAGGUGGACUUGAAGAAAUAUAUGGAUGCUCACACCAAGGCACAAAACACUGGAUUACCCCUGCAACAAGUCAAGGAAUAUUUGCACCAGUUGAUUCAGGGGGUUGAGUUCUGUCAUCAGAGGCGAAUCCUUCAUCGCGAUCUCAAGCCUCAAAACCUGUUGAUUGACGAGCACCGGAACCUCAAACUGGCGGAUUUCGGAUUGGCGCGCGCGUUUGGCAUUCCUCUCAGGACUUAUACCCACGAGGUUAUCACGUUAUGGUACCGUGCGCCUGAGAUCCUGAUGGGUUCCCGUCAUUACUCGACCGCCGUCGAUAUGUGGAGUGUCGGCUGUAUCUUUGCUGAAAUGAUCACUAAGCGGCCCCUCUUCCCAGGUGAUUCGGAGAUUGACGAGAUGUUCAGGAUUUUCAAGAUCCUCGGAACGCCAAACGAGACUGUGUGGCCAGGAGUAUCGAGUCUUAAGGACUGGAACCCCGAGUUUCCCAAGUGGCAGCGCAAGGAUCUGAGGACACUGGUGCCUAAUCUGGACGAUGAAGGUCUGGAUCUCCUUGAACAACUGAUCGACUACAACCCUGCACGACGGAUCUCAGCCAAGCGAGGUAAUUGGGAGUGA